AUGUUGCAGGGAAAGGCAUCGGGUCCAACACCGAUACGCCCCCGUUCAUCGUCUCCGAAGCUGUCUGCCGUUUCUGUUGAUCGUGGGAUGCAAAAAGGUCAAAAUGUGACAAUUAACGGAACGCAAGGUGUGGAUGCAACCGUCAUUGCAAGCCACACCGCUCCCGACACAACUGCGGGCGACGUCGGCAAGGUUCUUCUUUUCUUUCCUUCAUUUCAUGAGCUGACUCGAAUCAAACAGAUCUUUUGUGAUCUUGAAGACCAUUUCAACCGGGAAAUAUUGCUUAGGACUGCUCUUAAGGGACUACUAGAAUCUCCGAACAAUUACCAUGGUUAUCCAGCUUAUAAACACAAUCAGAUACAUUAGAACCAUCAUUAUUUUAACUUAUACUCUUUUGAAUGAAUCAAUCAUAGUAAUAGUUUCUUUCUUGUUGGGAAGUUUUUUUUUGGAUAAAAGAGGCCCCAAAAAGUAAUUAGAUUAUGUUUAGAAGUUUACCACCGUAGUUCUAACAUUCUUGCUUCAGUCAUAGCUAUGAAGAUCAAUGAUAGUGUGAGGAAAUAUUCGCGAUAAGAUAAGCUAACCAGUGUCAACAAAAAAGAGCGUUCUUCCAGAAUUUUUUUCAAAUGAAUGAUGAUGAUAGUGAAUCAACUUUAUUUUGUGUUCGGAAACUUCCUCGUGACUUCUUUCGUCCAAGAACUUCCUGUGGACAUUUGCAAGGAAGGUCAAUGACCGUAUUGGUCAAAUAUCUCGCUUUUCCCUUCUCAUGAGACGAGUUCGGCGAAUGGCGCUAUUUCGAUUCCGAUUAGCUUGAAUUUAUCAAACGAAUUUUGCAACAAGAGCCAAAAUGACGCAUUAUCGAGAAGACAACGAGAAAAACCGCAACAUUUACACCCUCAGACUCAAUUCUUGUCGUAUUGUUUCUACCGGGGUGUAGAUUUCCGAACAGGUUGUUUGGACUUCCCUUGAUGUUUGUACCGUUACUUUUCCUUCCAUCUUCAUCGCCAACGCAAAAUGUUGGAAAGCGACCGUGUAAGGUCGAUGGGAGGUCAGAAGAGCGUGGGAAACGAGGUGUACUUUUGGAUAGUACUAUCACAGUUAGAUCUUACAUUUCUAACAGAUUAAAAGCUGGGAACGCUCUGAAAAUUAAAAUCAAGAAGUUUUAUUUCAAUACUUCAAAUAAAAACCCAUACUAAAACUUCUAGUUUAGCCAAUGUAUAUGUAAAGCAUCUUCAAAGAAUAUAUGUAAAGAAUCUUCAAAAUUUUUAUUUUCCAUAGCUUAUAGAGGUUAGAAGUGAUUUGGAUGUCUGCCGUUUUUUGCUCAGAAUUAGGUAUGACCUUCCGACCAACCGGAAACAGUUCAGUUUGCACUCAGGAAUAGCCAAGCCAGGUUCUUUGCCCAAGUUUUCGCGUCCUCCCACGAAAAAGGCGGCGGUCAGGAGAAAGCGUCGGUCGUUCAUCAUUGAUAAGGAGAAAAAAUCGGUCGACGAGCCAAACAAAUUAUUUCCGAACGCCAGUGGUGACGUCGAACUCGCAUUUUCGUGUUGAUUAUUGAAAACAAGUUCAAAAGUUCACGAGAAAGAGUUAUUAAGAUUGCGUUCAUGGCGGGAAAUCAGCUUUUAAAGAUUAAAGAGAUGUUUUCAUGUCACAUAAGGGACUUGGUUAAUUUUUUGAGAAUUUUCUGAGUUUUUAUCAAGCAAAAAUAGCUAUAAAAAGGUUUUAGAUAAUGUGCGCUAUCGAACUAUUUUUAACUAAUAUGAUUGUAGGUCAAUCUCUACUAGGCGAAUAAUGUUUUGGAAGCUAUGAGAACCGGUCUUCUUGCCGUUGAUACUUUGACCUUGUAAUUUAUGUUUUUUUUUCUCACUAAUUGUACAGUAGCGAUGCGGAAAGGUCACCAUGAUAGAUAACAACUCGAACUGCUUUUGAGUCUCCAAUUUUUUUGAAAUGAGUUUGAAAAUAGUCAAAGAAGAAAAAAAAACAAAAAAAAAGUUUAAACUAAUAGAGGUUUAUGAUCGCCAAGUACAUGCGGUUUCAGGCUUAGAACGGUUAGAAAAAAAUUAGCAAGCAAAAUAUUUAGAAGUAUGGCUACUAAAAUUUUUUUCUGAAUUGAAUCAAUAAAAUUAAAAUAUUAAAUUUUUUUCGAAAUGGUGAUAUACUUUUUCGCGAAAUUAUUUUUUUCAUUGAAUCUAAAAAUUUUUUUACAAAGACAUGAAAAUGGCGCUUUAUUCAACCAGGAACUAAUCUGUCCCAUUGAAUUUGGAUGAACAGUAGAUUUAGAGUAAGUUCUUAAGUUUUUUUUUUCAAAAAUGUCUUCCGGUAUUUAAAAUAAAAAAAAUUUCCGUUACAAAAGUUGAACUUGGAAAAAAACACAAGUAGAAUAGAUUGUGUACAUGUCUAAAUGUGUGUGGGGGUCUCAAAAUGUUAGGUGUGUAAUCAAUCUCUUGACGAAUUUUCUUCACUUCUGCGUCGACGUCGUCGCCAUCAGACGCGCCAAGAGAGAAAGAAUAUCAUCACAAGCCUUUCUUUUUCCUGCGAUCCUCUGUUCGUCGGUUCUUCUUCUUCUUCUUGUCGUUUCAUCGGCUAGUUUCUGAACGUCACAACUACAACAUCCACGUCUUCUUCUUCUCUUUAUUCGGCAACUUUUUGACCGCACUCGAUUCCUGGCCAGGAUGAUUGCCGGCUGUUAAUUUCGAGUCGAACUGAUUUUACGCGAACGCUCAUUUGUUUUUUCUCAACCCGAAGAUUAUGAAGUUUCGUCGGGGUCAUACCCAUGAUGAGGUUGUUUUCCUUUUCUAUUUUCCUAUCACUCAUUCAAUUACAACUUUUUCCUUGAUUUGAGCGGUUUUUGUUCCUGCUUGUUCCGGUUUCUAAGAUCUUAUCAGGGCGUUCCAGCUACGUGGAUUUUGUUGAUCGAUUUUUAUGAUUAUCCGGAUUAUCAAUAGGAAGUGAUUGAUAGCGACGCCGUUCCAUUAAAAGAAAUUGCUUUUCGAAAUUGAGAACUUUUAGUUCAUUAAUGAGAUAUUUCAUUAGUGUGUAAAAAAAUAGAGAAAAAAAAGGCUCAAUAUUUUUGAGUUAAUAAAAUUUGAGAAGCAUAGUAAAUCGGAAAGUUUCCCGACUUAAUGUUUGUGAUGCCUUUUGUAGACUUUUUCCGAUAAAAUAUUAUGACGGCGACCCCGAGAAACUGGCCGCUGUAAAUAUUCUUACACAUUCAACUUGUUGCACCGUCAGUAUGAUCAAAAUGUGUCUUCUUUCUUGUGGAUUUACAGCUCUUUCACCUUUAAGAAAUUUUUUACAUGAAAUUACAAUUCGAGUUCUGAAAAACUCAAACCGUUUCAGUGGUCUUCCAAGAAAAAGUAUCUUUAUAAAGGGAAAAUUGUAUUGAAACAAGGCGUUGGCUUUUCAGGAUGGCCGCGACUUUGGAUGCACGCUGUCGGACCUGCGCGGCCUCAUGGAAGCUCGCGGCGCCGAGGCGAUCGUUCGCGUAAGACUUUCAGCAGCAUUUCAGUUCAUAAAUCUGUUAAUCUUUGCAAAAUAAUCAAAAUAGUGCGUUGAAAGUUUUUGAGUGACUUUUUACUUCACCUUUUAACGUUCAGAAAAGUUUUAGCUUUCUAGACUUGUUUAUUAUAAUUUCUGGUAGAGAAGUUUUUCGAAUUAACUCUAGAGACACGCAUUUCAGAUAUUUUGUACUUUCCAUUCAUCUUAAGAUGUUGAAAGAUUUCUUAAAUAAGGAAACUUUUCACUUAUUCUGUUCAGCUCUCCAACGAGCACGAUGGCGUUGAAGGACUUUGCCGUAAGCUGAAGACUGACCCUGUCCGUGGUCUCCCCAACGAAGUCCACGAGAUGGACAAGCGUCGACACGUCUUCGGCGCCAACACGAUUCCGCCGGCGAAGAGCAAGGGCUUCUUGAGGCUCGUCUUCGACGCCUGCAGGGUUCACAAACGCAAUUAGAGCUCUCCUGAUAGAAACGCUUCCUCUAGGACCCAACUCUGAUCAUCCUUGUCGUGUCUGGCUUCGUCAACCUGGGCUUGUCAUUCUACGAACCCGAAAGCGCGGAACAAGCUGGCGUCGUCGUCGCCAACACCACGGCGGCGGCUGUCGGCCUCUUUGCGAACGGAACAUGUGCGUUGUGAGGAUGAGACCACGUGAAUCUCGUCCUUUUUCUGCAGUGGGUAUCACUACGACGACUGAAGCGCCGCCGGAGGAAGGCCACGGAACGGCUUGGAUUGAAGGCGUCGCCAUUCUUCUCUGCGUCAUCGUCGUCGUCCUCGUCACGGCCAUCAAUGACUACUCCAAGGAGCGACAGUUCAGAAGUCUUCAGGUUUGUAACGGAGUCGCGAUGUUGAAUUUAGUCGAUACUGAGCUUCUUUGGUUGAAAAUCUUCCGCAAGAUAUUGGUCUGAACUCGUAAUGAGACUUCUUAAAAAAAAGUAAAAAAAAAACAUUGUUAUCAUGAAAUCGAGAUCAAUGGCGUAAUAUAAACUUUUCGAAGACUUACCUCAAAGAGAAGCUAUAUCAAGUGAUACUUUGAAUCUUUAAUCAGAAGUCUCACUGCUGUUUCUAACGAUUUUCUGAUUAUUGUUUUCUCAAAAAAAAAAAACACGGAAAUUAAGUAAGUGCUUCUGUCUAAUUAGAAUUUACAGUGACUUUUUCACAAACUUGCCGAUUUCUUAUUCAAUGAUAGUUUCUCUCUCCAGUUGGUUCCAAAUGGGUAUGACUCUAUGAUUUAGGAAGCGUUGUUUGAUCAAUUCAUUCAUUGGUUGAACAAGUCUCAUUCCAUUUCCUCUGAGUUGAUUAUUUCUACUCGAAUUCAUCAUUAAUUUAACAGGCGACUCACUCCAAAAAUAUCCAUGAAUGUACAGGGUGACAAAUAAAUAUUGAAACGCGUUUGAAACGUUAUAACUUUUUCAAAAGUCAACCAAACACCACCAAACUUGGAACAAGUUUUAUUCAUACAAUAUAGAAACAAAAUUCAAGAAUAGUUUUCAGAACGUCCUUCUUUAGCUUUGAUAACGGCCUUCAGUCUCUUCGGAUACGCAUCGAUCACGGCACGAGGGUAGUCGUCGUCGAUUUCGUCCCAUUUCUUGAUGAGCGCGGUCUUCAGAGCUUUGAUACUUGGGUAGUUCUUAGAAGAGACCUUCUCGGUCAGAUAUAUCCACACGGCAUAGUCCAUCGGGCUGUGGUCGGGCGAGGAAGCAGGCCAAUCAGCAGCCGAGAUGAACUCGGAAAAUUGGCGCGACACCACUCUUGAGUACCUUUGGCACGAUGAGCGGGGGCGCCGUCUUGCUGGAAGGUCCAUGGUCGGUUUCCGUAGUGAGAAUUGGCUCAGGGCAACACCCUCAACUUUGAAAUCUACUCCCUGUAGUAUACUUGGUUCACUUUGACUCCAGGAUCCACAAAAAUCAGCGGAGUUUUGCCGUCAGCGGUAAUUCCGGCAAAUCCAUCACGGAAGCCGGAUGCGAAGUUUUUUCAGAAUUUUUCCUUUUUCACAGGCACUCUGAUAGUCAAUAGCGAUGAUCCGAUGAUUUUGGCCGUUCUUGUUCGCCUCCACAGUGAAGAUUUUCUCGUCGGUAAAUAGCGUCGUCAGAUGCGAGCCAUCUUUCGUGCCAGCGAGCAGCUUUUGAGCCUUUUUCAUGCGCAAUGUCUUGUUUUUUUGAUUGAGGAAGGCUCCUUUCUGCAUACGGUAGGGAAUCAUCUUCAGCUUGUCCUUGACAAUAGUUCUCAUCGAUUCUCGACUCAUUUCGUAUUCUUUUGCCAUCUUUCUCAUGCUUCUUUCCGGAGUGCGUCUGAUUUUCUCUCGAACGGCUUUGACUGCUUCUGGAGUCGUGACGGUGACUGGACGUCCACUUCUUUGCAUGUCAUCUGAAGUACCGAGACGCCGAUAGCGUUGUGCAGUUCGAAAAACGAGAACACGAGACACUUUCAGCUUUUGACCGAUCUCUGAAUUCGUCAUUCAGCUUUUGACACAAUCAAUGACUGCGGUAGGGUACGGAGAUGGGGCCACCAUUACCUGAAAACUGAAAAGUAUGAGCUGUAACUUCAAACACAUGAUAAGUGAGCAUGAAUGAACGAAAUAAACAAAAAAAUUCAAAGGCCAGUCCUUUGUGCAAAAAGCACCGAUCAAACAAAAAACGGUUUCAAUAUUUAUUUGUCACCCUGUAUUUGUGAACGCAACAAACGUCUUUAAAAAGUCUUCUAGUCCAUAACGUCGAUAGUUUCAGUUUGGCUAAUCUACUGCGAUAAUCCAAUUUCGGAUAUGAUCUUUUGGUGAAUUUUCUCUGGACUGAUUCUAGUUGAUUUAUAUCAUUCAAAUUUAGCGGGCACAUUAGUUCGGAUCCGUACUCAAUGAUAGGCAAGAUUUUUGGCUUUAUAGCAUUUUUAGAAAGUUAUUUUUGAGAGAAAUGAAAAACAGCGAAAUAAAUUAUUUAUUAUUUUUCAUACAUUUUUUUGUACUACUAUACUCACAUGGUGCCCCAUUUUCAGAUUACUCGUGAAGAAGAAUCCCAAGUCUCUGACAUUUUGUUUAGUGCUAAGAGUUUGAUCGUUAAUUUUGUAUGUACUGGGUUCUGUCUUUUUUCCAAACUGAACUAACAUGCACUUCUCAGGAGAUAUUGAUAGUUGACGGCCCUCUAACCAUUGGUAUACAUUUUUAAAGUCUUCUCGAAGUUUGGCUUUAUGGUUUCUUACAUUACUAGAUAAAUACAGUUUACAAUCAUCUGCGAACAUGCUCAAGUUACAGUAUUUAAUAACUUCUGACAAGUCAUUGAUACUUACUGAGAAAUUUUAUAUAAUUAUAUCUGCAGCUUUCCUUUUGCAGCGGAAGGUAGUAAUAUCUGUCGAGAAUGGGUUAAUUGAAACCCUCAUCAAUCUUGUACGCCGGACGUUUGAUAAGAAUGUUCAAUGUUUGGAGAUAUUGGUCUUAAACUCCGAACUUGAUCAAACUACUUCAUAGUUUUGAACAGCCUCAUGUAGAUUUUCAAAGUUUUGAUUUGAAGUAUCCAUUAUUUAAAAGUUAUAAUCCAGUAAAGAAAACAUUACUUUUAGGAGAAAAUCGAAACAGGCCAAAAGUUCUCCGUGAUCCGAAAUGGUGAGGCGGUGGACGUGCCGGUGUCCGAUCUGGUCGUGGGAGACAUUGCUCGCGUCAAAUACGGAGAUUUGCUUCCUGCCGACGGAUUUUUGAUCCAGAGCAAUGACUUAAAGGUUUUCGAAAUAAUUUAUGGAAUGAAACAUGAGGAAGUUCAGAUCGAUGAAUCAUCGUUGACUGGAGAAUCAGAUCACAUCAAGAAGAGCGUCGAAACUGAUCCUGUUCUGCUUUCUGGUACGGAUUUCAAGAAAAAAAAAGUUUUUUAAGGAAUUUUGAAAAAUAUUAGCAUUAACUGUAUUAUAACUAUGAUUGAGACUCUUACCACUUUUGCGAAAAUUAUUUGUUGAAAAAGAUACUUGAAACCUUCGAAAUUUUUUUCAGACAUUGAUUUCAGACACCCAAUGUUUGCAUUUUUUUAAAAGUUAUUGUCAGAAAAAUUUUUUAAGACAAGUUUGUGACCUAAAACUGAAUUUAUUUCGUCUAGUAUCAUCUUGGAAAUUAUUCUUGAAAUUGAAGGAUGAGUCGCUUGAAAAGGAAAAUUGAAGGAACCUACGCGAUGGAAGGCUCUGGAAUUAUGUUGGUGACAGCUGUUGGUGUCAACUCCCAAACUGGAAUCAUCAUGACGCUUUUGGGAGCUGGCAAAGCCGACGGAGACGAUGACGGAACCUCGAGUACUACCGUCAGAACAUGGUCAAAAGAAAGAGUGCGAUUUUUGCAGCUUCUUCGAGCUCGAGCUCGUCCAGCUCCUCAUCUUCCUCCAACGAAACAUCGGACUCGUCCAAAUCGAGCGACGACGGAGACUUGUCGGCAAAGUCUGUCCUCCAGGCAAAACUCUCCAAACUCGCUCUCCAGAUUAUUUAUUGCGGUAAGUGAGCUCAAGUUUUACGUCUUUUUUUUAAAUAAUUGUGUCAUCCAUUCAAAAACUUCAUAGGAAAGAUACGCGGUAUUGGAAUGCACACAAGAUAAGUAGAAAUAAAUAAUCAGGGCCUGAAUGAGUUGAAGAAAAAGAAAGUUUUCGAAGAAGAGAAUAAUGAACUUUUGGAAUCGUGCCUAGUUGAGGGAAAACUGAGAAGCUUAUGCAAUAAUGGCUGAUUUACGGAAUUUCCGUUCUUUUUCUCAAUUUUAAACACCUGUAGAUUCUAAAAAUCGAAAUGGAUUUUCUCUUGAAAUUUCGUGUAAUUUUAAAUAUUUUCCAGUGUUUUUAGAGAUUAAAAACAAUCACUGCGCCUUGUGCCAUUUCAGGAUCAUGUUUCUGAUGGGCCAUAUCUAAAGAUGAAUAGGAAAACUAAAAAAUAUAAAAAAAAACCUUCUAGGUACCUCUGUUGCAAUCAUUGCUUUGAUCGUGCUCGUGACUCGCUUCUGCAUCGAACACUACGUCGUCGCGAAACAGCCAUUCAGUUUGAUCGAUAUCCAGGUCCUUGGCUCCUUUCCAAAGCAAAUCAAUAGGAAAGUUCAGAUGUUCGUCAAAUUCUUCAUCAUCGCUGUCACCAUCCUGGUGAUUUCUAUCCCGGAAGGCCUGCCUCUGGCAAUCGCCCUCGCUCUUACGUAUUCCGUGAGAAAGGUUCAGAAUCUCCCUGGAAGAAUUGUUUCCAUCGGACACUGUAUUCCAGAUGAUGCACGACAAUAACCUGGUACGUCAUCUGGACGCUUGUGAAACGAUGGGGAAUGCGACGUCGAUUUGCUCCGACAAAACGGGAACCCUCACGACCAACCGGAUGACUGUCGUACAGUCUUAUAUCAACGGUUUUCUUGGUUUUCAAUGAGAAAGGUUGAUUGAAAUGUUCUAGGUAACCAUUAUGUCGGCCAGGAGAAGCAGCCCGCAGGAUCGGCUCUGCCUGGAAUCACUGGACCCGUUCUGCAAGAGGCCAUUUCGGUUAACAGGUGAAUUCAGUAGUGAAACUUUGUAAUUUUUAUCAAGAAGUAGAGUUUAAAAAAAUGGUCAUAGAUAUUUUUUUGAUUAAAAUGACAAAUAAUUAGGAAACUAAGGAAGUCAAAGUUUUUGAAGUUUGGGAUUUUUUAGAAAAAAAUGAAAUCUGGCGCUUGAGAUAAAUAACAGCAAUGAAGAAAAUUACAGUUAAGGUUUUGAAGUAAUGAAUCUCCUCAAAAAAAUUUGUGGAGACUUCUCGAUGUCAAAUUUUUUUCAAAUUUUUUUCAUUCAAAAAAAGUAAUGAAAAUUGAAUGUGAUUGAUAGGAAUUGAUCGGAAAUAGAUUUGUUUGAAUAACUGUUAUUCAUUAAAUUUUAAUUUCGAGUAUUUUCAAUAAGAAAUUUCGUCGUUUUUUUAAUAGUCAAAUUUUAAAAUUUACCAUCUUGUAUACAGUAAAAGCUCUUUGAACAGGAAAAAUUUUAAAACACGUACAAUCUUGGAAAUUUCAGCGCCUACAACUCGAUGAUCGUGCAGCCGACCAAGGCAGGAGAGCAAAUGCAGCAACUCGGAAACAAGACCGAAUGCGGACUGCUCGGAUUCGUCAACAAACUUGGCGGAGACUACGCCGCCAUCCGCAAGAAGUUUCCCGAGCAGGACCUUGUCAAAGUCGACUUUUCUUUUUCGUCGUUCUUCAGCUUGGAAUUCAGGUCUACACGUUCAACUCGUCGCGCAAAUGCAUGAUGACCGUUGUGAAACUUGUCGAGGAAGGCCGGGAGAUCGGAUAUCGCGUCUAUUGCAAGGGCGCUUCCGAAAUCGUUCUUGGAAGGUGAAUCCGAUCGAAUUUAUCCUUACGAAUAAAGUGAAAACUAUUUAAAAUUCUGAUCUGUUUUACUUAUUUGCGUUUUUUAAAUUCUCUAGAAUGUUUUUGUGAACUUUAUGCGCUUUUUUUAAAUUAAUUCCAACAAGAAAUUGUAAGUCGGCUCAAUGAAAAAGUUGCUUGAAAUAUUUUACGACACCUUUUCAAAGAUUUUUUUUCCACCAAAAUGAGUUUUUCUCACAAGCUCUAAAAUCUUUUGAUCGAUGAAAAAAAAUUGGUUUCCUUCAAACUGAGCAAGGAAUUUCUUGUUUUCUUUUGUAGCGGCUCAGUUUCCUAACUCAAUAAUUUUCAAAAAGUAUUUUUCAAGAUGCUCCUACCUCCUCGGCUCCGACGGAAAACCCCACGGCCUAACUUCCGACCGACUAAAGGAGAUCACCUCGACGAUCAUUCACGAGAUGGCGAAUAGCGGCCUGCGAACUAUCUGCGUCGCUUACAAAGACUACGUCCGUCGAUCGGCUCGCGAAGUUGGAAAGACGGAGGUUCGAUCUUGGAAUUGAACGUCUUCUAGUUCAGAGGUCUGGUUUCAGAUUGCCUUCGAGGAAGAUUCCGAGAUCGACUGGGACGACGAGGAGUCCAUGUACAAGAACUUCGUCGGCAUCGCUAUUUGUGGUAUCCAGGAUCCGGUCAGGGACGAGGUCCCCGCGGCUAUUGCCAAAUGCAAGAAGGUUGCGAGAUCAAAGAGUUGUUCAGCAACAACUCUAAUGUUUCAGGCCGGCAUCACGGUUAGAAUGGUCACUGGCGACAACAUCAUGACGGCUCGCGCCAUCGCGACGUCUUGCAAGAUCCUGGAACCUGGGGAGGACUUCCUGGCCCUCGAAGGAAAGGAGUUCAACGAGCGAAUCCGCGAUGAGAACGGCAAAGUCUCCCAGGCGAAGCUCGACGAGAUCUGGCCCAAACUUCGCGUUUUGGCUCGUGCUCAGCCGGCUGAUAAGUACACUCUCGUCAAAGGAAUCAUCGAUAGUAAGGCCACGCCGCAGAGGUUCGAGAAAGGCCCGGAAAGACAAAGAAAUAAGUCGAUUCCAGGGAAAUCGUGGCUGUGACCGGAGAUGGAACGAAUGACGGCCCUGCGCUGAAAAAGGCAGACGUUGGGUUCGCCAUGGGAAUCGCUGGAACGGAUGUGGCCAAGGAAGCCUCGGACAUCAUUCUCACUGAUGACAACUUCACAUCUAUCGUCAAGGUAAUCGGAGAAGCUACAAGUUUGGGAUGGGGGGAAGGAAAAUGGAAAUACUGCUUAAAUAAAAUAUGAAAAAAAAUAGUUUUCCUCUUUUCAAAUUUACAUCGAUCAGUAGCAAUUCUUGAGGUGACACUAAACCAGAUUCUUAUGUUUGCAUCGAAUUAUUCUCAAGCUCCUUAAAUUUCCGUCAUUAUCCGAUCAAUAAAAAGGCAAGGAAAAAAACUCGAGUUUCAGCUUGAUAGUGGAAACUUUUCAGGCGGUGAUGUGGGGCCGCAACGUCUACGACUCGAUCUCGAAGUUCCUGCAAUUCCAACUGACGGUCAACGUCGUCGCCGUCAUCACGGCGUUCAUCGGCGCCGUCACCGUGUCGGAUUCGCCGUUGAAGGCCGUCCACAUGCUCUGGAUCAACCUCAUUAUGGACACUCUUGCCUCUCUCGCCCUGGCCACCGAAGCUCCAACCGAUGAACUCUUGAAUAGAAAGCCAUACGGAAGGUCGGUACGGGAAGAAGAAAAAAACAGAAUUUCAGUAUAAAUUUGCAUUAGGUGAAGUUAUACGAAUAAUUUUUUACUAGUUUUCUUCUGCAAUACUGGACCCCUAUGCCUUGCAGAAAGAAGUCGUUGAUUUCUCGAACGAUGGUGAAAAACAUCCUGUGCCAUGCUCUGUACCAGCUCGUCAUCUUGUUCACCAUUUUCUUCUACGGUACUCUCCUCACAUCUCAUGCUAUUUCCUCAUUCUCUCCAGGUGACGUCAUCUUCUCGGUCCCCACCGGCCUUUACGCGCCGUUGUUCGCCCCUCCCUCGCAGCAUUUCACGAUCGUCUUCAACGCUUUCGUCAUGAUGACCAUCUUCAACGAAAUCAACGCGCGUAAAGUUCACGGAGAACGAAAUGUUUUCAAGGUUCUUUCGUUGGAAAAAAGUGCGGUUUCAUCGAUGAAUCGCUCAGGGAUUGCUCAAAAACCGCGUCUUCUGCGUUAUUUGGCUCACGACUUUUGUCGCUCAAAUCAUCAUCACUCAGUUUGGCGGCGCCUGGUUCUCCACUCAUCCUUUGAACUUGGAACAGGUAUUUUCAAAAAUCGAAUGAAAGAGAUGUCAGAAAUUCUGGGUGGUGAUGGCAAAAAGAUGGGAAGAAAUUCCCUUUUUUUUUAUGAGCCAAUUUGGAAAAAAAUAUUUACAAAAAAACGUAUAAAAAACAGGAGUAACGCUCUCUUGAAGCUCUUUUGAAGAUAAUAAAAAAAGUUUCAGAACUCAUUCUCUGAUAUAUAUAAUUUUAUAUCCAGUCAUAGUUUGCGAGUUUGAAGGUUUUUUUUGUAAAGGUUUUAGAAAAUCGAUAUUUAUUUUUUUUUUCUUUAUGAUCAAAAUGUUUUUUUUCAUUAUGUUCCCCUUCUGGAAAUUUCAGAGGCUGAACCAUUCGAAAAAAAUUGUCCAAACUAAACGCUUUAUUUGAAUCAAUUUGAUUAAAAAUCAAAAAUCAGUGGAUCGUGUGCCUGUUGCUCGGCGUGUCGACUCUCGCCUGGGGCCAACUCGUCGCGACGAUUCCUUCGAAGAAGCUUCCGAAGACCUGGAAAGUCGGUCGCGGCGAAGUUGCACCCACCAAGAUCCAUAUCAACGGCGACUACAACGUCCGCGCCAGAUCUCGAGCCCUAACUCUCCGAAGAUCUGGCAAGUCGCUCUGGGUCCGCGGAAUGUUCCUCUUGGGCACUCAUGUGAGUUAUUUUUUGAGUUUUGUUGGAAAUUUUUUCGGUGGAUUCUAAUCUGAAGAUGUACCAUCAUUAGGUUCAAAGUGAAGCGUAAAAUCUACAAAGUCUCACAAAAUAUUAUUCUCAAACACAAGAAAACUUUUAAUUUUUGUUUUCGGCUACUUCGAGUAACCCAAUUUUCAUAAACAUGCGUGAAUAAAAAAAAACUCAUAAAUCAAAAAAAUGUUCUCAAAUUGAAAACUUUUUAGUAUUGAUUUUCUUUCCGAGAGUUCUUGUUCAUGUGGGACGUCAUUCAUUUGAGUAAUAUUCCUAAUAUUCGAAGUCGAAGAUAGUUUAUUGGGACAUCAGGUUGCAAACUUAUCAGACACAUAUUUCUUUGCAGCUCCGUGUUCUCCGUGCCUUCCAAUCUAACAAGCAGGAGAAGGCGGCCUUCGGUCGAACAGCUCCCGCGAUGACGGCCGAGGCUGCCGAAAGAUGGCGUGCCAGCUACAGAAAGUACCGCCACCAGAAGCACCAUGAAAAACGUUAGAUUUCCGCGUCGUCAGAUGGGUUGAUGAAGGUUGCGUGGGUGUCUAGGCGCGGCUGGAGAACGAGCGGAGAGCGAGAGGUCGGCGGAGAUCGCCAGAGAAGCCAAGGAGAAGCGCAAGACGUUCAAGCAGAUCAAGCAGGUCGCCAGGGGCAAGAGCGUCGACAAGGAAAAGGGCAAGGUUCGUUUCAGUUAAAAAUCAUUUUGAUGGACUUCUUCAAGCUAGAGGUUGCCCAAGAGAAAAUUCUUUUUUUUUAAAGGUUACGUUCCUCCUUGAACUCUGGUGUUUUCAUGUAAAAUGCAUUGAAAAUCGUUGAGUUGAUUCAUGAGACUCGAAAAUCAGAAGCAAAAUUAUUAUUAUUUUUUUAUGAUUUCAUGUGAUUCGCAAGUUUUCUCACAGUGUUAAGAUCCCAAUGUUCCCUUUUUUUUUUAAAUUUUUUCCCAAAAAUUCCAAUUUUCAGUGUUUCAAAAUUCAUUCGAAAUUCAAAAAAUUUGUUCGAAAAGCAAUUGCUGAGAAUGCCUAUCAUUGAAGUUUCCACUUUGAAUAAUCUCAAUUUUUGCUCUUGUUUUUUUUUUACAACUUUCAGUGCCUGUUCUUUUUUUUCGCACUCCCUUUCAUUGUAGAGUUGGUCACAUUCCUAUUUUUCUUGUCCUACCAAACGUCAUAAGAAAAACGUAGGCUCUUUGCGUAAGACAAAACCACCUACGCACCGAUUAUGUCUGGUUUUUUUUUUCCGUUUCUGCGCUACGUGGGCGCUGAUGUCACUGUUUUUAUGGUACAGCACGAGCUUUUCGCCUGUCUGUUUGAUAAGAUACACUUUUCGACCUUUGGGCUUAUUUUAGGUCAUUUCCGCUUUUUUUUUCGUUGGUAAGAGUCUGAACAGGAUAGUGACAAUAUUGAAAUAAGAACUGAACGGACGCAGAGCGUCAAAUGGAAAAAUAUUUUUGUUGAAUAGAAAUCAUUUUCACAAAGGCUUCUUCCAUUUCAAUACGUUUUCUGGUUCCAGAAGCACAAGCAUCACCGUAAGGAGGAGGCGAUCGACAUGGACGAGGUCGACCUGAACUGA